AUGUCAGACCCGGACAGCCAGAACGUCUCGGGAGCGGACUACGACAACACGGUCGAAGAAGCCAGCGAAGAGACGGCGAUCGAGGAAUCGUCGCCCAAGAUCACCGAGGUCGUCCAACGACCACGGCCAACGCCCGAGUGGAGAAGCUCUUCGAGCUCGGAAAGCUCGACCAGCUCAAGCGGCUCGAGCAGCGACAGCGAUGAUGACAGUAGCAAUACCUCCACGAGUGGCCGUGAAUCUCUGGCCGAGCAUGCUCGAGAGACGCCUAUGAGAACCAUUGGGGCCGACCAUAGAGCUCCCGCUCCUUCACGCGACCGGGAAGCUAUGCCCGAUUCGAUCGACGAAGAGCCGACCACAACCGCAGCCGCUGAGCCGGAAUUCAUCUUCCUCAACAGCGAGAGCGUCGAUCAGCAGGAGUUCCUACUGACGACCCAUGAAGCAUCUAAGAUUUCGGCAAGGAUAAGCGGCCGGGUAAAAUUCGAUACCCAAAUGGGUCCCACGUGUGGUUUCCCGAGUGCCAGUGCACCUCGAGCCCCCCGAGCCAAGAUGACGCUCGGUAAGAAGGCAACUGUCGCCGAGACAUCGGCCGGGCAGGAGGUGUCCCGGGCGAUCCAAAGCCUCCAAUACCGGGCCUUGUUGGCCAACGAGGCUGAGACCUUAAAGCAGAUCGUCGAGCGUCGAGGGAAGGAGAACGCCGAGCUUCAACAAGACUUGAAGACGGCCAAGGACUCCCUAGCAAUAGCCGAGAAAGCCGCUCGGGUUGCGCUGAAGGAAUCGGCCGAGCUGAAGGCCCGAUUAGGCAACAUGGAAGGGUUGGCCAAAUUCUUAUGCCGCGAUGAACCGACGGCUGACAAAUUCUUCCGAGCCUUGAUGAAAAACAAGCUCGGCGAAGAGAAGAUGUGGACGUUCGGUCACUGGGCGUACGCCUCCGGCCAGCAAACAAUGCGGGCGGAGACCCGGUCAAUAAUGGAGGAGGUCUUCGAAGGCGAAGACUUGAAGGCAGUGCUGAGCGCCCUCCCGGAUGAGAUUCCCGAUCCCGGGCCGAUGCCUUUCACUGAUCCGUCCACCUCCGGAGCUGUCGCCGAGUCGAGCCCUAGCAAGAAGGAUGAAGGGAAGGUCGUGUAG